GAUGACGGAUCCCUGUACAUUACUAAGGUUACCACCACGCAUAUGGGGAAUUACACCUGUUAUGCAGAUGGCUAUGAUAAACUUUUUCAGACUCAUAUCUUCCAAGUGAAUGUUCCACCAGUUAUCCGUGUGUAUCCAGAGAGCCAGGCCAGAGAACCAGGUGUAACAGCUAGUCUCCGCUGCCAUGCAGAUGGCAUACCUAAACCACAGCUUGGUUGGCUGAAGAAUGGAAUUGACAUUACUCCAAAGCUAUCUAAACAGUUAACUCUUCAAGCAAAUGGCAGUGAAGUUCACAUCAGCAAUGUUCGCUAUGAAGAUACAGGAGCAUACACCUGUAUUGCCAAGAAUGAAGCAGGGGUAGAUGAAGACAUCUCAUCUCUAUUUGUGGAAGAUUCUGCUAGAAAGACACGUCUGGGAAUUGGGAACAUGUUCUAUGUUUUUUAUGAAGAUGGAAUCAAAGUGAUACAGCCGAUAGAAUGUGAAUUUCAGAGGCAUAUUAAGCCCAGUGAGAAGCUCCUUGGAUUUCAGGAUGAAGUUUGUCCCCAAGUUGAAGGGGACACAGUUCAGCGAUGUGUAUGGGCCUCUGCUGUUAAUGUCAAAGACAAGUUCAUUUAUGUAACUCAGCCUACUCUGGACCGAGUACUCAUUGUUGAUGUGCAGUCCCAAAAAGUUAUGCAGGCAGUUAGCACAGACCCUGUCCCUGUGAAAUUGCACUAUGACAAAUCACAUGACCAGGUAUGGGUGCUCAGCUGGGGAACCCUGGAAAAGACCUCACCAACAUUACAGGUAAUAACACAGGCCAGUGGCACUGUUUCUCACCACACAAUUCACACCCAGCCAGUUGGGAAGCAAUUCGACAGAGUUGAUGACUUUUUCAUUCCUUCUACAACUCUCAUCAUCACCCAUAUGAGGUUUGGAUUCAUUCUUCACAAAGAUGAAGCUGUACUGCAGAAAAUUGACCUUGAGACUCUGUCAUAUAUAAAGACAAUUAGCUUAAAGGACUACAACUGCAUUCCUCAAUCUCUGGCUUACACUCACCUUGGAGGAUACUAUUUUAUCAGUUGCAGCCCUGACAGUACUGGGGCUAUUCCACCCCAGCUCAUGGUGGACAGUGUAACUGACUCAGUCAUUGGAUACAAUGGUGAUGUUAUGGGUACCCCAUAUGUUUCUCCAGACGGACACUAUCUUGUAAGCAUUGAUGAUGUGAAAGGCCUUAUGAGGGUCCAGUACAUUACCAUAAGAGGAGAAAUCCAGGAUUCAUUUGAUAUUCACACUAACCUGCACAUAUCUGAUGUUGCCUUCCAGCCCUCUUUUACUGAAGCCCAUCAGUACAAUGUCUAUGGCAGCUCAGGCAUGCAAACAGAUGUGCUCUUUGUAGAACUUGCCUCUGGGAAGGUUAAAAUGAUCAAGAGCCUCAAGGAGCCUUUAAAGGCAGAAGAAUGGCCUUGGAACCGAAAAAACAGGUUAAUCAAGGACAGUGGGCUCUUUGGCCAAUACCUGAUGACACCGUCCAAGGAGUCCCUAUUUAUCUUAGAUGGAAGACUCAAUAAGUUAAACUGUGAGAUCACUGAAGUAGAGAAAGGAAACACAGUCAUUUGGGUUGGAGAUGCCUAAAGAACCAAGUUAGAUAACUACCGAAUGAAUAGUUUUACAGUACAUUGCACUUAACUCCAUUCUUUCAAUUUAUGGUUUUUCUUUGGAAGUUUAUAUUCUAACCUGGUGUAACUUGGAUUGUUUGGUGGCCCAAUGGAAUGUGGAUUUUAAUAUGGCAAAGCAAUUAAAAUGUCUUUGAAGACAUACUGAUUGCAAUCAAUAUUAGAAAUAGUGGGAAAUUGCCCAACUUGUUUGAAAAAAAUGUUCCAUUGUUACACUGUAAACUAAUGAUCACAGAGAAAUUUCUAGAAAAUUGUAUCAAAACUACAGAAAUUUUCCAGUGACUUCAGCUCCAUUACAUUUUAAGGGUGAUUUAUUUAGUGGUUUUUUUUUUUCAUU